UCAACAUUUAAAAUAUUGUCGGCGUAUUUCCGCCUUAAUUAUUUAUGCAUUUCUGCGAAUCGUGUACUUAUUUAUCUACUUAUAAUCGCCAGAAUAUGAACAGAAACAAGCUAUGAGCAAUACAUCACAAGUUGCGGUCGGUCGAAUGUUGCGAAAAGGGAUUAAGGUACUUGCUUUCGAUUUUGACGAAACGAUAUUGACGAUUCAUACCGGUGGCUACUGGUGCGAAGGUGGCGAUCGCUUGGCGAAGCAUGUACGCCCAAGUAUGAUCAAGCUCAUCGCCGAAGCCCAAGAAUGUGGUCUCCACGUGUGCGUGGUUACAUUCUCAAGCCAAGAUAGCUUGAUUCGUGAAGUAUUGGAGCAGACUUUACCGAGGAAAUGUAAAACGUCAAAGAUCCUAAUUAGGGGCACAUCGUACCCACCUACGUGGCCCCGAGUGGAAGGAGUACCAUCUAUAGGAAAACUACAACAUAUAGCAUCGGUGGUAGCCGAGCUGUCAAACACCUUGAAGACUAGUAUAGAACCCGAAGAAGUCCUACUAUUGGACGAUGACGAACGCAAUGUUAUCACUGCGCGAGAGUUUGGACACAAGGCAUACAUUGUCUCCAAAGGUUUCACAUUGGAAACUUUUUGUGAAUUUCUUAAUCAAAUCGAUCAGUGUUCGUUCCCAACAAAGAAUGUAUAAUAAGCAUUGCCAGCAUGUAGG